GACGGCCGCCGUUCCGUUUGAAGCCUUUACGUAAUGACGUGAGUAGAAAUAGCUGCGGUGAAGUCACUUUGACUUUGUGAUAACGGUAAACGUCUGUUUGCUCUUCAGGAUAAGUUAUGGCUGUUUUGCUGAGGAAAGUGAGACGCACCAACGCAGCAGCUGCCUCUGUGCUGGAACAAGCAGAUUUCCGCACAGAUUCAGAGAUCCGGUCUCUGACUCGAGCAGACCUACACGAGCUGUUUCCCGGACCGGAGAAGCUGAAGCUAAGACGGAUCAUCUUCAGAAUUAUAAAGAAGCAUAAACCAAUAAAUGUACUCCUGAAAGAACUCGAAGGUUUCGUGCUACCGUACUCCCUCAGGGAUUCUCUAUCUUGCAGUGGGGUCUUGGUUGACUACCUUCAUACCCUGAAGGGCAUGAAAGAUCAGCUGAACAAUGUGCAGAGUGUCAUUGAAGCUCACAUUCAUUUACUGGAGGACAUCAGUAAAGCUCAGCCACACCAGGAACAAGACUCAGAUGUUUUAUCCAGCCCUGGCACAAAGGCUCCCAGUCUUUCACCAGCGCCUUACAUUACACCAGAGAACGGACAUUCAUAUGCAGCUCAAGUGAUGUACCAGAUGGUUGUCGGUGGUAAAACCUUUGAUGCCCAUCUUCAGCUCAUGGCCGAGGUCCAAGCCCAAGUGCGGGGCCGGGUUCAGCUCCUUUCAUGCAGUAAGGACGGCCAAGUUUUCCUAGUCUUCUGCCCAGUCACUUCCCGAACCGGGGCAGAUGUUGAUGGAGCCAUGCGCAAUGUAACAGGAGGGGAACCUGUUAUCCUGGUGUUGAUGCACCACACACUUAGCAUCAGGCCUACAGCAACAAGGAGGAUGUGGUCGGAUUACUCGAAUAUCGUGCUGCAUGUCAAUAUUUUCUACCACAAGAAAGCGCGUGGACUGUUGAAGUGUCAAGAAAAUAAUGCUGCUGUGAUCCAGAUACAGAACAAAUUACUUGAAUACUGCACUCCAAGAAGCAAAUGGGCCGUGACUGGUGGAUAUAAUAGCCCUGACAUUGACAGCUGCUCCCAUUUGGACGGUGAGGGCAGCGAGUUUGGCUUUAGGUUGUUCGACAGUGACAGUAGCAGCAGCAGCACCAGCAGCAGCAACAGUGAUGCUAAAAGUAUUUGGGGGCCUGUAGAAUAGAGGUUUAUAUAUUUUUCUCUCUCUUUUUUUGUCAGUUUACAGUGAUGUGAAGUUAUAAGCGUAUUCAUUGUAAAUUUCAAUAUAUACUGUAGUUGUCUUGGGAUGUUGUACUGUAGUAUAUUGUGACUUUUAUAUUUGUCCUUGUAUAGGUUUCCUGUAAGCAAUAGUGGUGUUGAACAAAUAAAUAAUACAAUUCUGUUAUACCACUUGCAAAUGUAAUCUAAAAAUCCAAUAAAAUAAAUUUUCAGUCUC